GAAAAUGAGUAUGAAUUAGAGGAGGAACAAGAGAAAGACACAAAAGAACCGCUUCUGCUAGAGAUCUGGACAGACUGUGGGAGAUGCUAUGCUUACAACUCUCAAAUCGCAAGACCGAACAACAAAUCUCGUCCCGUGAUUGUUAAGUCAUAUUUGGAAUCCGGAAUAGCCACAACGAUCAAAGAUAUGAACAGUGGAUUCACUGCGUACUUUAAGGGUUCGAGGGAAGUACCCGGCAUAGCAGACCCCAAGCUGAAGAACUCGUACAUGAACAAAAGUUUUGUGACCCUGAAAGUCAUGAUUACAUACGCCACUGAGGCAGUACGUCAGUUGGAUGUGGACCACCGCAGAUGUCGUUUCUGGGACGAGUCCAACUUAGAAGUCAGUCCAUUGUACACGGUGAACCUCUGUUACGGUCAGUGUCGAGCUAAGCUGGCCAUCGAGCUCUGCGGCUGCGCUCCUUUCUUCUACGUGGGGGUCCAGCAGGCGCGCUACAACAUAUGCGAUGUACAAGGAAUGCUUUGCCUAGCAGAACAUGUCGAUGAUGGAAGGUGUACGUAUUAUUAA